AUGAAUGGCUACGGAUCGCCGUACCUCUACAUGGGGGGCCCGGUGUCUCAGCCAAGAGCACCUCUUCAAAGGACCCCCAAGUGCGCCCGGUGUAGGAACCAUGGGGUGCUCUCCUGGCUAAAGGGACACAAGCGUUACUGUCGCUUUAAAGACUGUACCUGCGAGAAAUGCAUCCUGAUCAUCGAGCGGCAGCGGGUCAUGGCAGCCCAGGUUGCCCUAAGGAGACAGCAGGCGAACGAGAGUUUGGAGAGUCUUAUACCGGAAUCAUUGAGAACUUUGCCAAGUAUCGCCGUGCCCGGCGGCGGCGACAGUAACCAAGGGGCACCGCCGCGCUUGGGGGAAUUAGACUUGCGGUGGAGUGCGGAGCAACCCGGCAACACACAGCCUGCAGUUGACCCCGGCGACGAUCUGUCAGAGGAGCAGUUAGGAACAGAAAAUGGCAGCAGCAGCGACAAGGAGCAGGACCAGGCUAGCUCCCCAGAGGGCCCCAAAUCCAGCGCCUGCUACACCCCCGACACCCCCGAGGCUCCCCCAACCCUGGAGGAGGGCCGCUACGGACUGCCCAAAAGCGGCGGGGACCCCGAGGUCAAGGGCGAGAGCCCCAAAUACCCUGGGGAGCAGAGCCUGCUCAUCGAGGGCCUGUCCGGCUCCGUGUCUCUGCCCUUCAACCUGAAGGCCAACCGGCCUCCUCUGGAGGUCCUCAAGAAGAUCUUCCCUACCCACAAGCCCCCGGUCCUGGAGCUGAUCCUGAAGGGGUGCGGGGGGGAUCUGGUGGGGGCCAUCGAGGUGCUCCUCUCCAGCCGAUCCGCCCCCACCUCCGAGCGAGCCCCCGGUGAAGGCCCCGACACUCUCCUGCUGCCUUCCGGCGGGCAUCUCUUCGAACACCCCCUGGGGUCCUACCCCGUGUCCUCCUCCAAGUGGUCGGUGGGCUCGGCGUUCCGGGUGCCGGACUCGCUGCGCUUUUCCUCGGACCCCCCCGGCGUGGUGCCGGCCCCCCUGGGGGUCCCGCUGCAGCACCCGUUCCCCCAGCCGCCCCGCUACCCGCUGAUGCUGCGGAACUCCCUGACCCGGGGCCAGGCCGGGCCCUUCGUGCACAACGACGUGACGCUGUGGAAUACCAUGACGCUGCAGCAGCAGUACCAGCUGCGCUCCCAGUACGUCUCCCCCUUCUCCGGGGGCUCCGGAGUCUUCCGCAGCUCCCCCGUCCUCGCCUCCCGCCCCGUCGAGGAUCAUGGGAUUACAAUCCAGGAGGCGGGUCACGCCGUGGGGCCCAAACAGACCUUGUACCCUGACGAUGACUAUGACGAGAGGCCCGACUCCUCAGACUCCAGGAUUUUAAACUCCUCCGCCUGA